AUGUCUAAUGAGACGCCGAGUAGGAGCGCGGAAUGGCUGCAGCGCGAGUUGGAGUCCGGGGGUACUUCUCUGCUCCUCUUGGACUGUCGUUCACAUGAGCUUUAUGAAUCAUCCCACAUCGAGACAGCCAUCAACCUGGCCAUCCCGGGACUCAUGCUAAGGAGGUUCAAGAAGGGCAAUAUCCCCAUCCGGACUAUCAUCUCCAACAGCGAGGACAAGGACAAGUUCCUGAAGCGGUGUAAGACAGACGCGAUAGUGGUGUAUGAUGAGAGCUCCGUGAAGUGGCAGGAGAGCGGACCGCCGAGCGUGCUGGGGCUGCUGCUGCACAAGCUGUGGGAGGACGGGUGCAAGGCCUACUACCUGGAAGGUGGAUUUCUUAAGUUCCACACAGAGUACCCAGAUCACUGUGAGACCCUCUUGGACAGCCCCUGUCCCACCUCCUCUCCUCCUUUGUCUGUGCUGGGCUUUGGAAACCUCCGGAUCAGCUCCGACUGCUCGGACGGAGAGUCUGACCGUGAGCCCAGCAGUGCCACAGAGUCAGAGGAGAGCCCUAUUCCCAACAACCAGCCGGCGUUCCCUGUGAAGAUCCUGCCUUAUCUGUACCUGGGCUGUGCCAAAGACUCCACCAACCUGGACGUCCUGGGCCAGUACAACAUUAAGUACAUCCUCAACGUCACGCCCAACCUCCCCAACAUGUUUGAGCACGAGGGCCACUUCAGGUACAAACAGAUCCCCAUCUCAGACCACUGGAGUGAAAACCUGUCCCAGUUCUUCCCUGAAGCAAUAUCUUUUAUUGAUGAGGCUCGGUCCCAGCGCUGUGGCAUCCUGGUGCAUUGUUUGGCUGGUAUCAGCCGCUCGGUCACGGUCACUGUUGCCUAUCUGAUGCAAAGACUCAACCUUUCCCUGAAUGAUGCAUACGACUUUGUCAAGAGGAAAAAGUCUAACAUUUCUCCAAACUUUAACUUCAUGGGCCAACUUCUAGACUUUGAGAGGACACUGGGGCUGCACAGUCCUUGUGAUAACCGCUCCACAGGUAAAGAGCAGCUGUUCUUCACCACUCCGACCAAUCACAAUGUCUUCCAGCUGGACACUCUGGAGUCCUCAUGA